AUGUUGCCCUCCUUUCUUCUUUCUCAUUUCUCCCAACUCGGCAGCUCCACGUUGAGCCACCACAUCGUCUCGCUGACUUCCUCUACCUACAACCUCCUCACUUCCUUUAUUUUCCCAAGUCCCUUGUCCCAUCCUAAGUCUCUCGAGUUCGAACCCAAGUCACUAUUGUCUGACCCGAGACCGCUGCCUUCCGACCCAGAAGUCAUUAACUCAUGGGAGCUUAUGAACGGGCUUAAUGCCAACAGCUUCAGAUUAUCGUUGCUUUCGCCACCCAAACCCUUCGUUUUCUUAGAAAACUCCAACCCGAAUCGCGCAAUUCUUAAAUCUCCGUACGAAAGCGUCUUCCGAGUGAACAACAAGAAGGAUCCACUUGAUCGGUUAGAGAAAAUACGCCCGCCGGGCAGAGAAAACAAAGUCGUUGUCUACAAGACGACGCGAGGAGUGCGGCGGACUUUUGAGGAGCGUAACGUCGUCCGGGCAGAGAUAGAAGACCUUUGGGUGAUGAUUGUUGAGCGUGACGUGUCAAUGGAUCGCGAGUUCAGAGAAGAGUUGAGCGACUUGAUGAAGGGGAAAGGGAAGGAGGCAGCAGUGCCGCCAUAG